AUGGCUCUCACACAGCGAAGCCAGGGCGCCACACUUUCCAUGGUCCCCAGUCAGCGCAGCGGCCAAACGGAGCCCGAGACUGCAGGAUUAAUGGAUGCAUUUCGCGGGAGUGGCUAUUCCAUAAUUCGCAACCCACUCCCGCAGGAAGGGAGGGAGUGGGUUGGGGAGGCAGAGGUGGAGCUUGAUGCUGAGGUUGUCUCUGCUCUCCCAGCUGUUGGUGCCCUGGACGUGAAGGCCCCGGAGUACCCGGUCAACGCCAGCCUGCGGCAGCCGGCCUGGUUACCGGUACAGGUGGGCGACCUGCCCCCGGACGCCGAGAUCACAUGGAAAUUCACGGGCAAGGGAGGGACCUCCUCUUCCAACAUCGUUCGCUACGAAGCCACGGAGAAGCGAAGGAAUUACUUCUAUGGCAUUCAGUUCGAAGGUCGGGUGAAGCUGCUGGACAACUUUACCCUGGAGAUCGACAGCGUGAGGCUGGAGGAUGUGGGGACGUACACCGUGUUGGUCACUACGUCCACCAAGGAGCAAGCACAUGUGUAUCUGCAGGCGUACGGUCAGUCCCUUUAUGCCUCACCCUGCCCCUCCGCUUCUCUCCCGCUGCAUGGAGACGGGGCAAUGCUGGUGAAGGGUGUGUGUGUGUGUGUGUGA